AUGCCUGAAUUUCAAAUAAUCGAUAAUAAUGAUACACAGGUUGACUACCAAGGGUCGUGGCAACCUAAUCCAGUAUUUUCUAACGGGGACAACAGCACGAUAGUAGGCAUUAGUCACUCAACGGCCGAGAUUUCGUCGAGCGUCUUUGUUCCCUUCAAUGGCUCUCAAAUUCGCGUCUUUGGUAUCGUUCCGCCCGGUCAAGGGGCACUGGUCGCGAAUUAUUACGUUGAUAGUUCCUCGCCUUCUGCCACGAAUAGUGAACCCAUCCUGACACAAAAUACAUCGAUGCCGGAUCAGCUGCUAUUCGAGUCGUCGUCUAUAUUGGGGGCAGGCGAACACAAUCUUACAAUCGAAGUCAUCCAGACAGGCAGUGAUCGCAACUAUACAUUGAGUUACUUCCAGGUGCAACCGAGCACGGCUGUUCAGACGGCUACACCCAGUAACACUACGCAAAUCGUGUUAGGUGUUCUGGGCGGAGUUCUGUUGUUGCUUGCGGUAGUGUUUGGGACUCGUCGUGCUAUGCAGUGGCGCAAAAAGAGGCUUCAAAUGAUUCAGCACGAUUUCGAGAAGCAGCCCGCUCAGACUAUGAACAGCUCAAACCUGCCUAGCUGGCGUACUUCCGACUCAACAGCCGUUCAUAACCAGAGUCAGCAGUACACUGCAGAAGGUUAUGCGGGUCGCAGCCACCACACCAAGCUCUAG